AUGCCCGCAGUCAACUCUGGCCUUGUCCUUGUCACGGGCGCUUCGGGCUUUGUCGGCACCUAUGCCGUCAAGGCUCUCCUUGACGCCGGCUUUUCGGUCCGCGGCACAGUCCGCUCGGCUCAGAAGGGCGAGCACCUCAAAGAGCUCAGUCCCAAGGCCUCUUACGUCAUCGUCGAGGACAUGAGCAAAACCGGCGCCUACGAUGAGGCUGUUGUCGGUGUCGAUGCCGUCGUGCACGUAGCCUCUCCCCUCGACACGACCAACGAGGGCGACCCCAACAACGUCAUUGGUCCUGCCGUUGCGGGAGUGACAGGCAUCCUCCACUCCCUCGAGAAGAACAAUCCCAAGGCCAAGCGUAUCGUGGACAUUAGCUCCGUCGCUGCCGUUGGGCGCGCAGGCGUUGCCGGUCCAGGGAAGAGGACGGAGGCCGACUGGAACAACGAGAUUGUGGAUCUCUGUGACAAGCUCGGCGCAGCUGCUCCUGGAGGCGCCAAGUAUUCAGCGUCCAAGACUGUAGCAGAGAAGGCGUUUUGGUCUUUCUUGGAGGAGAAGAAGCCUGCGUUUGACGGCGUCGUGCUCAACCCCGGUCUCAUCUUUGGUCCUCCUACCCAGUUCACCGCCGCUGGCGGUGCUAUUGUCGGCUCCAACGCGUCUGCUCUCCCGUUCAUGCGCCCUGGCGUGCCAACUGCGACUCUUGAGCAGCCCACUGUCGACAUUGUCGAUGUCCGCGAUGUCGCUGCUGCAAUCGUCGCUGGUGUGACCACUCCCGCUGCGGGGGGUGAGCGCUUCAUUAUCGCAGCGGCGCCGCUCUUCUACAACGACUUUGCCGUCGCUGCCGCCCAAGUCCUGCCGGAGGCAGGCGUCAAUGCCAACGCUGACCCGGCUUACCGCGCCGGCCUAGUCGCAAAGGCAAUGGUCUUCGACGGCUCCAAGGCCACACGCGUUCUGGGGCUCAACUACCGCGACAAGGACGCCACGCUUCUGGAGACAGUCCAGGCCCUAUCCGCCAAGCAAAAGGCAUCAGUGUAG